GGUGGAAGGAGGAAGAAGGGCUCACCCCCUGCUGGCUCUCCCUCCCCGUGGGACUCCUCUUCCUUUCCAGGCGGGGAUAUAAGCCCAGAAAGGAAAGCCCUGAGCAGAGGAGGCCUCAGCUUGACCUGACCCAGUGCAGCCCUUGAAACGUCCCUCGCCUUCUACCUCCUGCUCAUCUGCUUCAUAAGCUGUCGCUGGCUUAUGUCCCUCUGACAGAUUAGGAAACUGAGGCAGGAGACGGUGCAGUGCCGGAGAACACACGGCAAGCUGGUUGCUGAACCUUGGUCCGCUACCAGCCCCAGGGAGAGCGCCGGAGCGCGGCCCCGACGGCAGCCGCAGCUUCCUGCCGUGGAGGAUCCAGGCUCGGAACGACCCACACUCCAGUGUCGCUUUCCCAGAUGGUGUCGGUGCGCAGGUCGUGGCCUACCAUGGCCACAGUGCUUUUGGCCCUGCUCGUCUACCUGGGGGCGCUGGUCGAGGCCCACCCCAUCAAACCCGAGGCUCCCGGCGAAGACGCCUCCCUGGAGGAGCUGAGCCGCUACUACGCCUCCCUGAGCCACUACCUCAACCUGGUCACCUGGCCGUGGCCGGAGGCGCGGACCUGUGGUGAGGACCCCCGAGGCCUCCUGGGAGAUCUGCAGACCACGCCCACCUCAUUUGCAUGUUCACUCCCGACCCCGGAAACCCGGAUUCCGCCUCCCGACGGCAUCUGGGCAGGGUUCGAGUACCGCAGUCCUGCGUCUCGGUGCCCUCGUCCCUUGAGCUGCAGGGCUGUGUGUGGUCCUUCCCUGGUCCCAAAAUAAAGAGCGAAUUCCACAGAAA